GGGUGGUCGCUGGCCGCUGGGUGGUCGCUGGCCGCUGGGUGGUCGCUGGCCGCUGGGUGUCGUCGUUGGUAAAAUACGCCGCUGUGCGUGUUUGUUUGGACUUUCUACUUUGGUGUGCCUCUCUCCUCAAUUCUUUCAUCCUCACCCUCAUCGUCGUCGUCGACAGCUUUCUCUCUCCAACCUAUCUAUCCUCCUCUCGACCUCAUCCCCUUCUCUACCCUCUUUCCCCUUCCCCUUCCCCCCCCCCAAAUAUCCCCUUCGUGCUGCCCUAAUUCUAUUCUCUACUAUAACCUCUCACUCUUUUAUCCCCCUCCUCCCCCACCCCUGUUUUAUUUACCGGAUUGUACCCGUUUCUGUCCCUCACCAUUCCACCAACUCCCUCGUUUCGCCCUCUUCUACCCCGGUUCCUCUUCCGAAUUCUCUAUCGAUCUCGACCCUCCGUAACAGCCUUCAUCUCGAAAAGGCAUCGAGGUCAAUCAUUUCCUUCUCUUGAAGGCCUCGACUGGAUUCCAUUGAACCUGUUGCUCGAUCAUCGUGCUCGGCAAGCAUCGGAGGAGGCACUCCCCCCCCCGAAGAGAAGACUCACGGUAACAGUGUGUUCUGCCUGGAAACGAGCAGGAAUCUCUCCGGCAAAUCUUCCCAACACUCACUACUAUACAUUCACUGUGCUUCUGAUAGCCUACUUCGUUAUAAUAUCUUUGGCGUGGCAUCAUUUGACCAGAAGGCUUGCUAUUCUUGCCUUCUCUUUCGAUACUCCAGCAUAUCCCCCGUACACGAAUGCGACCCCAAUAGACCACAAACAUCAAGCUGAAAGCCUUCACUGGCCAGCACACACCCCUAGUAUACCGAUCUCAAUAUGGCUGCCAUGGUUCAAUCGUUUCCCCAACAGUCAGCUCCUGCCAUUAUGCUGCAAUCUCGCCCGGCUUCGGCUUCUGGCAUCCUCCAGAGCACUGCUCAGAGUCACGUCCACCAAUAUGGCCAAGGCUCUGCGAACGUCCACCGCAAUAGCUACCACAACUUAGGAGGAGGCACUGCUGGAUCGAAUACAUAUCGUGGACAUACCUCGACGGCACCAAUAGCUCCGUAUGCUUUUACUAGCACGCCAGCUUUGACCAACCCCAGGCAACAAUACAGGACCGCCUCUACCCCGACUGUCCCUACAGGUGCUCGUCCUUCGCGAUACCCGGCGCCCGCCUCUGUGUCUACAACGACAUCCUCGUCGUCGUCCAACCUCUCGGGUUCUUCGGCAAGUGAUGGAACUUAUAACAGUGGUGGAGCAGUGGCUACUCAAGCAUGGGAAACUACUCUCACUCGUCCUCUGCCUACAGUUAUUACAUCCACGCCUCCGUUCAGCCCUACUAGCACCGGCCCAUCAACUCCCACAAAGGCCGCACCCGACCGCUACCGCCGCCCUGCCCAUCGUGGUGCCGAUACACUGCCCACUCUGCCUUCUCAACCACCCUUAGGUGCAUCAUUGCUAGCCAACUCAAAUGCAGCACCAGUUCACCAACAAGGCCAAGCACCCCAGAUAUUAGCGCCGAAUUUCAGUUCCGGAAAUACGCUACUCAACGGAUCCCGUGGUGCUAUAGACGACAUGUAUCUCCGGAGACACGCGAAAGAAGACCGCUCACGCCGCCGCAGCAUCCACAUAGUUGAGGGAUUCAACAACGAGGCGCAAAAACUGGAAAAUUUUGGGCAACAAGGUCAACUUCGGAACGAUCCAUACCAGAAGCCAAGUUACCCAACCAUUCGGCCGUCAUCUUCGCCUGGGAGGACACAGCAAUAUGAGGCGAUCCCAACGACUCGUUAUUCAGAGCCAAGAGCACCCGGACCGAAGCGAGGUUCAAGCGUGAUAACCGUGGGAAUAAACCCCGCCUCGUCAACCGUCGCAGGAUCUGGGUCAUUGAAACAUGACCAACCUCAGGUCGUGAAUAUUCCUGCCCGUGGUUCCUCAUCCGAUGCCACAAAGCGCACAGCGAACCCCUCCCCGCUCUCUAAGCCGACGAUGAGUACCGAGUCGGCGGUCACCAAGGAUACAUUUGCCUCCGCAGUCACUGCUGCUCUCAAUACACCGGAGAAGACAAAUGUAUCGCGACCGCAAAGCCCUGCUACGAAGCAGUUGGCUGCGCUUAAUGUGAAGGGAGGGAAGAAGCCAUCGCGAUUAAGACGAGCUUUCUCGUUUGGCAGCGCCGCCGAACUGGGAAAAGCCUCGGCAGAGACGAACCCGAACCACACUGAAGACGCCGCACGUCUUCAGACAUACCAAGAUGACCAAGAGGCUGAGCAGGCAAGAAUUGCCCGGAAGCAAGAGGAGGGUGGCCUCGGGUCAGGCAUAUACUCUGGUCAGGGCAACUUCUUCUCGGGAUCGACCGACAAUCUGUCCAUCUCGUCCACCGCUUCUUCCGCUUCGAUAAUGAUUCGAAAGAUGGGCAAGGGAAUGAAGAAAUCCACACGCUCGCUUGUCGGUCUCUUCAGGCCAAAGUCGGUGAUUGGUGUCCCAGCUGCGGACUCCGCGGUGCCACAAGUAAGCACGGCAGAGGUGUCCAUGGUGAACGUCGAAGCCGAGCGUCCACAAUCCAACGGCAAUAUCUCUGUUUGGGACCAAAGCGGCGUCACUAGUCGCCAAGAACCAGACACCAACUCUCUCGAGGCCCCAAUCAAUCUCGGCAGAGCCUCUGGAAGCACCGACAACGUCUCCAUCGGAUCCGACUCCGCACACAGACGCAGCAUCCGAGGAUGUGACAAAGAGCGUGCGGAGGUCCUUGCCGCAGUCAAGAAGGGCAUCCUCAAGCGCUCCGGUACCGACUCCACAAGCUCAUCCCCUAUCAUCCUUCCAGUCGACCACAAGACACCGAGCUUUGGACUCCCACAGAUCCCCAGCGUCGACGACUCGCCACCAUCUUCCGCGCCCAGCACCCCGAACUCAGAUGUUCACGGACACCGCCGCACCGAGUCAAUUACACUCAACGGCGAGGACUACUUCAUGUCCGCGCUACGCUUCACGGGCACCGUGUCCAAGAGCUCGCCUGCAACUCCUGCUGCGAAACGCAAUAUCUCAUGGAAGAACGCAGCGAACUAUCAUGAUACGUGGGCAAGCACAGAGUAUGAUCGCCGUGGAGAGAUUGCCACAUGCAAUCGUCUUACGCCGAUGCUCGCACAGCAGAUCAAGGAGGAGCUCAAUACGUUCAAGAUGGAAAUGGAAGUCCACGAGACGUCUAAAAUAUAUACGCACUUUUUCUAACGAUCAUCACGACUACACAAAAAUUGGCGGUGUUCUCUGCUCUACCAAAGCCGGCAACGUUUUAACGUCCCCGCGCUUUUUUUCUUUUCUCAGGUCAGGCGUCCAUCUUUCGUUAUCGAACGUUGUUUUUAUUUCCAUGGCAUUUGCGGGGUGUAAUGGGCGCACAGAGAGAAACAGCACCUUUUGAGCGAU